UGAAGAUUGAACAAUGACGGUGGUUUUUGGUGAAAUUCGAAUGGUGGUUGUGCUACUCUUGGGAUUGGGAUUACUCAGUACAGUGUAUUGUGUGAGACCUCCCAGGACCCAACCAUGUGGAAAGUGUGCCCCAAGUGAGGUCCUGCGAUACAGUCCGCCCUCGUGUGAACCUACAUGUACUAACGAUUGCUUCUAUCGGAGCGAAUGUACCAAAAAUCCGGUGAGGUAUAAGCCCACCUGUGUUUGCAAACCGGGAUUUGUGAGGGAUAAGGGCGUUUGUAUCCCAAAAGAGCAGUGCUUUGACUUAGUAGAAAAUACCAAUCCAGAAGGGAAAGCAUGUUGUCCACCCAAUGAAGAGCUGCAGAAAUGUCCACCAUGUUGCGAACCGACCUGCGACAACGAUUGUACCGAUCUGGUGUGUCCACUCAUCUACGUAGAUAAGCCCACGUGUGUCUGCAAAGCUGGCCUAGUUCGGCAUGAAGGCAGAUGUAUCGUACCGAAUCGUUGUCCUGUGAAACCUAGAAAGCGCAGUGUAAACUACGGUUCCCUGGAUAGCGCUAAGUUGCCACUGCUUACGAACAACGGACAGCAGUCACCUAAUCUGGCCUAUGCAUUCCCCCUUCAACAUGGACCACCUCUUCAUCAACAACCGUAUCCAGCAAUUCAGCCGGAACCCUCCUAUCCAGGUGACACUCCGUACUUUCGACGUAUUGUAAUAGCUCAUCAACCAGCGUUCAUCACUUACAGACAACCACCAUUGAUGAAUGCGAAACCUCUAGGUUGUCCUCAUUCCAUUCCACAGCCCAUCGGCCUACCGCCAAAGCUGUGUCCACACAACCAGAUGGCCUCUAAGAUGAUCUACGUACCGCCUCCACCUCCACCACCAGCAGCACCGUGUCCACACGUUGAAGCUACCACCGAGUUGCCUCCAAAACAGUGUCCACACAUUGAAGCAACCUCCGAAUCACCGUGCCCAAAGGCGUGUCCACCGGUCGUGACUCCGGAGCCUGUUACCGAGCCGGCACCUACCGAUCCACCCUGCGGCUGUCAAUGUCCGGACAAGCCAUGCCUUCCGCUGCCUCCGGUAGUUGAGAAGUGUCCAAAGGCAAACUGUUUACCGCCUCCACCGGUGGCACCGCCUCAUCCAUGCGGUCAAUGUAGACGGUUGCUGAAUUGAGGAAA